CUACAUAGUACCUAGGUAUACUUUUCUACUUUUUAUAUGUUGUACAACUCAGCUCGUUCUUACACCUUUCUUUUACAUCUUUAUCUUUCAUCGCGCAAUAGCUAUCCUGCUUUUAUCUGUCAAUCUGUUCAAUCUGUUCACAUCAAACACUCCAAGUAUCGCCUCAACAAUGACAGAAGGUCCUCAAGUUACAGAAGAUCCAGCGGCACAGCGAGCUGCAGAGCAAGCACGCCUACGUAAAGAACGCCGCGAGGCUAAGAUCAAAGCUGGAGGUGCAGCACGAUUAAAUAAGAUCACAGGACUGGGGGGAGGUAUACAACGAGACCCAGUACCUCAACCAUCGUCAGAAACAAGUACGCCACAAAGAACAUCAACCACAUCAACCCCAACCACGAAACCUACCCAGGCAUCGGAACAACAUGGAGACCCAGAUGAAGUCGACAUAUCACAGCACUACUACGAGCCGAGCACCACCGCUCGCUUACCACCCGGCGCCACGCCACCCAACGAUAUCUCCGAAGCCCAGCUGCGGCAGCUGAUCCUCGGCCUCGAUCGCCAGUCCUCCGCCGGUAAUGCCACCAACACCACCCCACCGCAGCCCGGCCGGAACCCGCUUACCAACGGGCCGUUGCCACCGGUCCCCGGCGCGGAGGGCAUGGAGGAUGACCCGAUGAUGAAGAUGCUCUCGCAGCUCAUGUCCGGCGGCAUGCCUGGCGGCGCAGGCGCAGGCGCAGGCGACAACCCCUUCGCCGGGACACCUAUGGAGGGCCUCCUCGGCGGCCUAGGCGGCAUGAACACCAACGGCAACGGUACCGCAGGGCCGAGUCCCAUGCAACAAGCGCAACAAGUCGCCGCCGACAAGAGCGCCAACCUCUGGCGCAUCCUGCACGCGAUAUUCGCGCUCGGCCUAGGCCUGUACGUAGCGCUGUCGACGACCUUCUCGGGCACGCUCACGGAGCGGGAGCACUCGGCCAUCGCCAGCCGCCGGGGCAAAACCUCGGAAAGCACGGAGCAGGACAGCGUGGAGCGCGCGCGGGCGUAUUUCUUCGUCGUGUUCGCGUCGGUCGAGGCGCUGCUGCUGACGACGCGGUACUUCCUGGACAAGGGGAAGGGGCACGGGGCCGCGAAAGGCUGGAUGUGGACCGCGAGCGGGUUCUUGCCGGGGCGCGCGAGGACGUACGUCCAGCACGCGCUGCGGUACGGACAGAUGCUGAGUACGGUGCGGGGCGAUGCGCUGGUUUGCGUGUUUGUGCUGGGAGUGUGUGCGUGGUUGAGGUCGUGAGAAUACCUACCUACUUAUCUAUAUCUUAGGUACCUACCUAGGUUAGGUAGGUAUGGAGGGAGUCUAAAGCAGGUUGUUUUGCUGUUAAUAGAGGGCGUGGAUGAAUUAUACGAUAGGUUAGGUACUGUAGUUGGUUGAUAGAACUGCGCGUAUUUGCGCGGCGGGAAGUAAUAUAAUAUGAUGCAUGCAUGA